AAUAUCACCGCCGAUACUUGUUCGGUCAGCUCCAGCUCCUCUGCUGGUGCGACAUCGGUUCUUCAGAAAGGUGGAGGUCUUGGUUUCCGACAACGGUUCAGCGCGGUGAUGCACUGAGUCGAUCGUCAGGUGUUCCUGGCCAGGCGGCUGCUUGGGGUUUGUACACUACCGUGCUUACAUAUCCAUCUCCUCCGGUUCCAUGAUCCCCGGCGAGGACAGAUUGCGGAGUAUACCCCAUCUCGACCGUGCCGACCCCGUACACUACAAACCUCAUGUGAACCCCGCUGGCAACCCCGUACACUACAAACUCGAGACAACCCCGCCGAUGUCGAUGUUGGAACGUCCACCAAGAAGAGCGUGCGUCUCCAACACUCUGGUGCUGGUCAUAGCCUCCGCCCCGUGGAUUGGCUGGCUUGGCCCGAGGAUCUUGGAUAUGAUGGAGUUCGGACAGCUGGAAAUGCCCAGAUCCAGAAAGGCCCAACACCGUUAUCCCCGUUUGCCGAAUUCCCCUGCUCGUCAUUCUCCAGAUGUGAGGAGGCUCUGCCCUGUGAUCCUUGCAAACUAUAAAUCUGUCUUGGUCCUUUGUGUGUCUUAUACAUAUCGACACCUCCUGAUUUGUUGUUGCUCUUCUUCUCUGUCUGUCUUUUUAACUUCCGUCACUUCCGUCCUUCCCGACUUACUCUUAGUGUGUUGAACAACCGCUUGCUUUCUUCAAUCGUCCAGUUUAGUUUCGUUUUUGUGGAGUUCACGAUACCUGAUAUUAUACCCAUCAUCUUCAGUCGUCCUGCCUG